AUGACCCCCUGGCAGAGGCUGAAUGCUCACAGAGACUGGGAGUUUUUUGAGGACUCUAUCAAGAAACAUACCUUCUGCAGGUUCGCAAAAGAUGAAGAUCUUUGGGAAAAUGUAGGCGGCAUGUUGAUCUUUGCUAAAAAAACCAUUUCAACCCAGAAGCUUGAAACAGUGGUGGUGGUGUAG